CAAUAAAGUAAAGUGCAUCGAUAAAAACUUGAGAAAAACAGUGCAAAAAUGCUGCACUUUACCGGAACCUUUCGUGCUCCACAAACCCAUCGUAGACAGUUGCAUUUCGAAACAUAACUCGUCGAUUGCUGAUAAUCAGAAAUUUCAAACGUGCAUGUGGGAUUGUCUUGGGUUGGCGUACGGACUUUUCGAUGGGAAAAGCAUGGUCCAGGAAAAGGUGCUGGAACUGAUCAGUCCCUUGGAAAAAGGUGCACAGGAUGUGGUGUUAUUUUCCGUGGCUCAUUGUCACAAGGAUAAGGAGGUCAUCAACCAUCGCAGAAACCAGACGCCAAACGAGUGUGAUGCUCUUGCAGGCAAAUACAUGUUAUGCAUAAAGAAUGCGAUGUUCUACAACUGUCCCGCAGAAUACUGGAAAAUUGAACCACUGUGUGAUGAGUUCGACAGUGGGGUUCCUUUAUGUGACUGAACGUAUUCAAUAAAUAUCAGAUUGAGGAGCGUGAAAUUAAAUUUCCAUGAUUGACAA